UAUUGUCCCCGCCUGUUCACCCGGACCCGGGUUAACAACUGAACCCACGGUUAAGAACUCUAUGAAGAGCAUACAUAACAAUAUCACUCUUUCUUUGUUUCAAUUUGAUUGCGAAAGUCUUGAAUUGAUGAAUUCCCUUCUCCGGCUCUUGUCUCCACAGAGAUAGUCAAUUUCGAUUAUAUUUCAUUGCAUCUUCAGUGUAUGUAUAUUUCAUUCGUUUGAAUUUCAUUGUGGACUCCGGUUUCUUUGAAGCUGCUUCACCAGUCUUCUUCAACUUCCCUGUACUUUCUCUACGCCAUUCUCUCUGCAGUCCAGCUUUCACAUAUUAACUUAAAUGGAUUCAUGCAAAAACCCAACCUCUUCUUUUUAUGUGUUUGCACCUUCAAAGCACAGUAGCCAUGGUAGAGGGAGAGGAUUUAAUGCAAGGGGUAACAGUGAAAGGUCAAGCAGUCUUGGUGGUGGCUCUGGAAAAGAUAAAAUUGAUGCUCUUGGUCGAUUACUAGCUCGAAUUCUUCGUCACAUGGCUUCAGAGCUAAAUUUGAAUAUGAGGAGCGAUGGGUUUGUCAAGGUCCAAGAUCUAUUGAAACUACAUCUAAAAACAUUUGCCAAUAUUUCAUUGAGGUUGCACACAGUUGAUGAUAUCAAAGAGUUUUUUCAGCUGUGGACUGCUACAUUCCGUAAGUUCAAAGCAUCUCCUUCCAUUUUUGUAUAAAAUCGACCAAAACAUCAGGGCUGUCAGAAUGACCAUGUUACCCAAUGUGCGAUAGUCUAUUCUAAUGCUACACAUUCCUCCAUUUUCUGCCUUAGCUUUGGCAGACUGAUCACAGAUUCACAGCCGUCAUGUGCCGUCUUGGACAAGAAGUCAUCAAAGAUGGCCACCUAAGAGAACUUGAUAGCGGAAAACAAGACUGAGGGUAUUAUCUUUUCAUAAAAGAAGGCAAGGAUGCAAAAAAAGAAAAGGACUGUGUCAAGAAUGUACCCAACCAAAGCUAAGUACUUAAGUCAAGUCAAAUGUGAACGUGAAUUAAAGUUGUUCAAGUUUCAGUUUAGGAUGUUUGACUGACCAAUCAAGCUCACUUGAAGUUCAAUUUCAAGUUUAAUUUUCGAAGUUUUGUUUCAGAGAAGUUGAAGUUUCCAAGUUGAGUUUUAAGUUUGUAGUUUCUAGUCAAAUUCAGAUUUCAAUUUUUGUUAUCAAGUUUAAUAUUUUGUAGAUGCGCUAGCUUGAGGGUGUGUGUAAAGUGUGAACUAUGAAGAUAUAGCGAGUCCUUGUUUUAGAAAUAUAGGUUCUGUCAUUGUCAUUAGGUUUAGUUUUCCGUUGGGUUUAGGCCCACUACUUAUUAUUUAUUUAUUUAUCAAUAAUAUCAAUUUAAUAGUCUUUAGCAAAUGCAAUGUUAGUCCAAGUUAAAAGUAAUAUUAAUAUAAAUAGUAGAUUGUAUAUUUGUAUUUGAAAUAACACAAUUACCAUAGUUCUAGCUUGUAUGACACCCAGUCUCAUGUAUUGCAUCUUUUGGUUUUUCCCUCAUAGGUUGCUUGUUGGUGGAAUUGCUAAACUGUUUAUCAAGGUGAUGGGUUUAAUUUUGCAAAACAAUGUUACACUUUUUGCUCCUUAAAUAUCGCAGGCAGUCAGAAAAGAUAACAAACAAAGGUUUAGCUUAUUAGAAGAAAGUGGAGAGCUUUGGGUACGUGCAAACCAAGGGCACUCAAUAGAGACGGUUGAAACAGAAAGCUUAUUGAAAUCAAUAAUUUCAGCUGAAGAAGUGCCAGUUUGUGUGCAUGGGGCCUACAAGAAGGAUUUGCAAUCGAUUUUAGAGCAAGGUCUCAAACGCAUGAGAAGAUUACAUGUACACUUCUCAUGUGGCUUACCAGCCGAUGGUGGUGUAAUUAGUGGGAUGAGGCGAGAUGUCAAUAUGCUCAUAUUUCUGGACGUCAAAAAAGCAUUGGAAGAAGGAAUGAAGCUUUACAUCUCUGAAAACAAAGUCAACUUGACUGAAGGUUUUGAUGGAGUAGUGCCGGUGAAGUAUUUUCAGAAAAUAGAAUCAUGGCCAGACAGAAAAUCUAUCUCAUUUCGUGCUGUUUAGUCUUUGAUGAUACCCACGUUUUGUCGUAUUUGUUACACUUCUAAUCUUUUUUUUUACUUUAUGUUUCUGCCGUCUCUGUGAAAUCGCUAAAGAGAUAACUUUAACAAAUUGAAAUGCAAACACGUAACAUUGUAACAUCAAAUUAUCCUCACGCUAGGACUUUACUGGCAUACGUAUUGGUUUACAACUCCCAUCUCGGAAACUUGUUCAG